AUGCCCGAUGACAGGGAGAAACGCUUUGCCUGUUCCACCAAAACAUACUCCAAAGACAAUGAAAUAAUCAAGUUGUUUCUUUCUACAGAAAGCCUGAAAAUCCAGUGUUUUUUCCAAAGUGGAAGCGAAUUGGACUCCAAGGAAAUGCUGAGCGUGUUCACAUCAGGAGGACUAGCUCCUAACUUGGUAAUAGUAAACAGUACCUACUCUGGCAUCUUCCACUUUAACUUGACUUUGGUCAGUGAUCAAAUAUUCUGGUUAAUUGAUAUUCCCAGAGAAAACAUCACAGAAAAUACAGAUAUCGCAACUGUAGAAGAGUGGUUAGUAAGAGUCACUUUACACGAAGGAUUAGAUAUUUAUGAGACUGAAGGGACUCUAUUGGAUGUUGUCCGAGAACCGAUUAUCCAGUGGAAUCUUGGGGAAAGCAUGAUUGACACAGAGCUCCAUGAUCUUUAUCCACAUGUGGUGGAUCUCAAGGUGACGAAGUGCCCCUGCUCCAAUGAUGUAGCUUUGAUGGGCUUCGUUUUAAAUUCGACAUACAAUGGCGUUUACAUAGGCAUGACAUUUUCUGGAUUUUGGGAUUAUAACAGCACCUCAUGGUUUGACCUGACUUCUCUCAUCUAUGACCACCUUCAAGAAGAACACAAAGGGCUUACAGUGAUAGAUAUGGUUUUAACAAAUCAUUUUUUGGUCAUCCUUACCUCCUUGGGUCUUUUUGUAAGCAGUGAUCUUCGUUAUCUUAUCGCCCCAAAUUUAAAGCUUUCCCGGGCAGAUUUUUGUGGUUUCGAAAGGGUUGACUAUAUCAAAGGAAAACUGUGGUAUAAUGAAAGAUGUUUUGCUAACAGAGAACAUUUUGAAGUUGAUUAUGUUACCAUUACAUUCGACAGAAAUAGGACCUUAAGUGAGUCAAGUUCUUGUUUUUACAGUAAAGAGCCAUUCAUUGAUUGGUUGCCCUGCUUACCUUACAACAUUAAAGACACAAAAUACAUGCCAACUGUGAUAACAUUUCUUCUUGACCAAGAGCAUAAUACUGGAAUUUACCUCUUGCAUACUGAGAUCGUCAGACUUACCACUGUUUCUGUGUACACCUUUAAGGAUAAGAAACCAAGCAAUAUACCAAAAUUUCCACCUUUCCACUUUCCUAACUCAUUCAGUUCUCCUAUCGGAAUGGUGUUUCAUCCCCGAAGCCACUUUCUGUACGCUUAUGGUAAUCAGGUGUGGCUUUCAAUGGAUGGUGGCAACAGUUUUGAAUUAAUAGCUAACUUACAGGGUGACUAUAUAUUAAACACUUUCCAUAGCUACUUUACUUCAGAUAUUACUUUUGCUUCCAAAUCUGGGAUGGUUUUCUUUACAAAAGCAGGAUUGAUGAAAUACACAAAUAUUGGAAAACUUAACGAAAGUGUUGUCACCUUAUACUAUGAUCACUUGGGAUUCAUACACAAACUGACCCCAGAAAAGUUUGACUCUGGUAAAAGUACAGGCCUUGGAAAUUCUAAAAGCAUUUUUGGACUGCCUCCUGAUCUAGGCUUUGAAACUGCACUUGCUCCACAAUAUAUCACCACAGAUGAAAUGGUAUUUUUUGCAUAUGUGCCUAAGAAUACACGGGCAAUCUCUUUAUUCAAGAAGACAUUCAGAAAUAUGCACACUGGGAAACUGAUUCAGUUCGGAAAGAAAGGAAAAGCUUACAUCAAGAGUGUACUGACCCAUAGGUCUGUUCUCAACUUUAUGACCUCAGUGAUCACAAACAUUGAAGAACCAUUUGGAGUAGAAGACGUGGGUCAAAGCCCUUGUAUAUCUAGUACUCUUUCCAUUGAACAUAGUAAGAGCAAUGAAUAUAUACUUCAUCUUGAUAAUAAUAAUGCUGAUGCCGUAUUUCAAGAUACAGAUGUAGAGAAGACUGUGAUGAUCCCUGGUUACAGCAGCUUCCUGAUCAUAAGCAUUUUAGAUCCUAAGAGGGCUCUGUCCCUGGCUACUAUGCCUAUGGCUGCAGAGACAAAUAAGACCUUUGCAGCGGAAGCUUGGUUCUUAUACAAUUUUGGACAAAGCAAUGGACGACAAUGGACUAUAAGGCCAAGGCCAUGUCAAUUCUGGUUUCAACAAUUAAAUGAUGUGUCACUGUCCCUCAACCUUAUAAAAUAUGUGGAUGUGGGAACUUCUCAGAACUUUACAAUUAAGAUUAUACAUCAUACAAAUAAUAAGCCAUUACUUGAAGUCCCACCACUGAAAAUAGUAGUUGGAAACCCAACAUUAUUGGAAGUCAAGUCAGAAGGCAGUUUUGAUGAAUCUGAUACUUACUAUUCACAGAUUAUCACGAGUAGCAGAUUGUCACAUCAAGGUUUCACUACAGUAGCAAUAAUUGUUUGGGAAGCAUCAACUGAGUGCUAUGUUACAACAAUGGUGCCAACACUGAAAAGCAGCUGCAGCUACCUCAAAACUAUGCAUCACAUUCCCAGUACAUACAUCCCACCUGAGGACUGGAUUAGUGGAGUUCACAAAGACAGCCAGGGUUUCAAUAUGAUCAAAACGCUGCCGGUAAACUACAGGCCUCCAUCUCACAUGGGAGUUGCUAUUCCACUCACAGAUAAUUUUUAUCAUGCAGAUCCUAGCAAACCCAUACCAAGAAAUCUAUUUUACAAAUCAAAGCAAUCUGGUAAAUACAAGCAGUGUGCCAAUGCUUCCAGCCGGGCCGAGUGUAACUGCACCAAUGAUCAGAAGAUUUCGCAUGCUAUUGCUUUCUCAGACUGCAAAGAAAAAGUUCAUCGUUUUAAGUUUCCAGUCUCACAAUAUCCAAUUGUUUUGAAAAUUUUCAGUGAAGAAAAAACCAUCCCUGUGAAGCUUCCAUACUUGGUCACCGUGACUGAAGUGAAUAUGAGGGAAAACUGGCAACUAAAACACGAUCUAUCAGAAGGCGUUAGAAAAAUGAAAAAUUACUUAGAACCAAUUCUUCAUACUUCAGUGUAUAAUCCUUCAGGUCUCAAUUUAAGCAUAAGGGGCUCUGAGCUGUUUCACUUCAGAGUGUCUGUCAUCCCAGGGGUCACCUUUUGUAACUUAGUUGAAGAGUUUCAGAUUUAUGUUGAUGAGGUGCCCUUGCCCUUUCCAGGACACGCCCUCAUAGCUGUGGCCACAGCAGUGGUGCUGGGGGGGUUCGUCUUCACAGCAUUUAUAUUCCAGCUGCGGAACAUCCACCCGUUGAGGGCAUGUCAAAGAUGUCUUCUAGGAAACAGACUGACCCUGUCAAAUACAAGUAUGGACAACAGUUGA